UCGAGACCACUUUCAACCGCGACACCUCUCCACUUAUCGCGACGCUCCAGUUCCUCCACUACCAACAAACAUACCAUACCUAUGUGUGCUGUAUUACUCGAUUUCUACUACUAGUAGCUCUGGCCUUGGAUAUUUCAUAAAGCGGUCAGAAAGCUCAUUCUUUCUCAGGACCAGCUGUUAUCCAACAGAGAGAAAUCUAUCUCCAGCCCCGAACAAGGCCGAAAGGGAACUGACUGCAGGAAAGGUUUCGGAAGGUUUUGCGCCUCCAGAAAGAAAAGCAAGAAAAGAGAUCCAGAUCUUCAAGAGAGACCGGCGGCGACAUUACUUGAAAUCCACUCGGAUAUGGAUCGUCUCAGACACGAGAAUGACAGGUUUCUUAGGGAGUUUCACCGGACGCACGAAACUCUCCACAACCAACAAAUUCAACAUCAGGAGGAUCGCCGUCUCCUUCACAGCCGAGGGAAGGAACUAGAGGACACGCGUACUUUCUCGAACAAUAUAGACACAUAUUAUUUCGUCGACAUAAAGUCAAUGAUGGAGUCGCUGAACUCAGAAAUCCGUCAGCUGGCUGCCUACAUGUCUGAUACGCUGUCCGGCAAUGGGAUAAGGGUUGAGAUAACUGAGGAGGAUACCAACCGUGCGAUGAUGCGAUCAAAAUGCUACCUUGACGAUCGCAUUCUUGCGCUCUUGAUGGGCAGAGACACAAAUGAUGCAGGACACAAUGGCGUCCUUCAGGUCGCUUUCCAAGCGGCGUUGUCAUUGAGUGUACUGAUUACCUCAGGCUCUGAGCUUUAGAGUCCACAGAAC